AUGAGUCAGUCUGGACCGCCUGCAGAGGCCAAGCAGGCUCAGGCAGCGGCUUUGCAAGAGCUAGAUGCUGCUCAGAAGAAGAAGCGAGCCAUAGAUACUUCGUUGGCUAAUCUCGAAGCCUCCAUCUACGCCUUUGAGGGGAGUUAUCUCGAAGAGACGAUGGCUACAGGAGGUAAUAUCAUCAAGGGCUUCGACAAUUAUCUGAAACCACCAACGGCGACUGUUAGCAAGAAGAAGCAGGACAUUACCGAAGGAGACAGGCUGUUCAGUACGAGCAGCGUGUCCUACAUGCAGAGUCUCGAGGCGCGAAAGCAAUUCGAAUAUGAAACUCUGACUUUGGCUGGACGUAGGUGA